ACCCCCUCCCCGCCCCCCACCCCCACCCCCACCCCCACCCCCACCCCGGGCCGGGGCCGGGCCGCGCCCGGGCGGGGCCGCGCUGCCUGCAUGACCCUCCGGCGGCGCGGGGAGAAGGCGACCAUCAGCAUCCAGGAGCAUAUGGCCAUCGACGUGUGCCCCGGCCCCAUCCGGCCCAUCAAGCAAAUCUCCGACUACUUCCCCCGCUUCCCGCGGGGCCUGCCCGCGGCCGCCGGGCCCCGCGCUGCUGCGCCCCCGGACGCCCCCGCGCGCCCCGCCGCCGCCAGCGCCGGCCGCCGCAGCCCCUCCGACGGCGCCCGCGCCGACGACGAGGAUGUCGACCAGCUCUUCGGAGCCUACGGCGCCAGCCCGGGUCCCGGCCCCGGCCCCAGCCCGGCGCGGCCGCCCGCCAAGCCGCCCGAGGACGAGCCGGACGCCGACGGCUACGAGUCGGACGACUGCACUGCCCUGGGCACGCUGGACUUCAGCCUGCUCUACGACCAGGAGAACAACGCCCUCCACUGCACCAUCAGCAAGGCCAAGGGCCUGAAGCCGAUGGACCACAACGGGCUGGCAGACCCCUACGUCAAGCUGCAUCUGCUGCCAGGAGCCAGUAAGGCGAAUAAACUCAGAACGAAAACUCUCCGAAACACUCUGAACCCCACGUGGAAUGAGACCCUCACUUACUACGGGAUCACGGAUGAAGACAUGAUUCGAAAGACCCUGCGGAUCUCCGUGUGCGAUGAGGACAAAUUCCGCCACAACGAGUUCAUCGGGGAGACGCGCGUGCCCCUGAAGAAGCUGAAAGCCAACCACACCAAGACGUUCAGCAUCUGCCUGGAGAAGCAGUUGCCGGUGGACAAGACUGAAGACAAGUCCCUGGAGGAGCGGGGUCGGAUCCUGAUCUCCCUCAAGUACAGCUCACAGAAGCAGGGCCUGCUCGUCGGCAUUGUGCGCUGCGCCCACCUGGCGGCCAUGGAUGCCAACGGCUACUCGGACCCCUACGUGAAGACAUACCUGAAGCCAGAUGUGGACAAGAAAUCUAAACAUAAGACAGCAGUAAAGAAGAAGACCCUGAACCCUGAGUUCAAUGAGGAAUUCUGUUACGAGAUUAAGCAUGGGGACCUGGCGAAGAAGACUCUGGAAGUCACUGUUUGGGAUUAUGACAUUGGAAAAUCCAACGACUUCAUUGGCGGUGUGGUUCUGGGCAUCAACGCUAAGGGCGAGCGCCUGAAGCACUGGUUUGACUGCCUGAAAAACAAGGACAAGCGGAUCGAGCGCUGGCACACGCUCACCAACGAGCUCCCAGGGGCCGUGCUCAGCGACUGACCGGCCCCCGCCUGCUGCCGCACCCACCCCUGCCUGUCUCCUGGCCCAGCACCGGCCUGGCCCUGGGCCUCCUCAGCUGCCACCAAGGGCCUCGGCCCUCAUCUUAGGGGAGAUCCAGGAUGCCCGCUCGGACACGGCGCCCCGGCGGCCCCUGCUCGGAGGCUGUGGAGGGCCCCGCCGCUCCGGGGACGGCAGGGCCAGAGAGCUGGGCCUGCUCUGGGGGCCCAAGAAGGCGGGAGCGGGGAGAGGACCUUGGCCUCCGCGCCCACCCCAGGGAAGGGAAUGGGGCCGUCCGGGGGCUGAGGGCCCUAGUGGAGGUCAGCAGUAAGUCACGGGGACCCCAGGCUGAGAGAACAGGAGUGCAGGGGUGCCUUGGCAGGGCCAGUGAGAACUCCCGAGAGGGACGUUAGGGAGAGGGGCGUGGGGGGGGGGAGGAGAUUUGGGAAAGUAUUCCCAAAAAGGAGGUUCUUACUACAUCCGUUCAUCUCUGGCAUUACUGGGCGGGUGGAAAAAAGCUGACCCGAGAGCCAGGAGCGUGGUAGUUCCUACAGGCUCUCACUGAACAUGGGCAGUUGGCAAGCACUUCACUCAGUGAUUCCACAAGCCCUUGGAGAUGAAUGAGACCCAGGGCCUGCCCUCUGAGAGUUCCUUGUCUAAUCAAGGAGCUAAAAACAAACCAUCACAACAGGGAGGGAGGAAUGCCAAGGCCAGGCUGACAUACCUGUGAGUGCCAUGGACUCUGACUCUCCUGGGAGGCAGGGAGGGCUUCCCGGAGGAGGUGAUGCUUCAAGGCCUUGAAGGGUGAAUGGAGUUUCUGGGCAGACAAAGGGGGAGGGCAACGUGUGCAGUGGGAAUGAUCUAUAAAAGCCUAGAGAGGGGGGUAUGGUGAUUGGGCUAGGGUCUCUGUGCAAGACCUGCGGUCUCACUCUGGAGACAGGGUUGUGUUAGGACAGGAGUGGGGCCUAGAGGUGACGUCACCCACCCCAGCUCCCACCCCACCCCCGCCUGCCAGGCCAGCCCCAGCUCAUGGCUCUGGGGGAAGUGAUGGCAGCACUGUGGUGAGACUGAUCUUGGGGCAGGGUCUAGUUCCCUCCUCAGACCCAGUUCUCCCAACUUUAAUCUUCCUCCUCGCAAGGAACCUGGAGGCUGGGUCCCGCCUCUCAAUUCUUACCAGCUGAAGCAUGAGGUCAGCUGUAAUCAAGAAAAGGGUCCCCCCCCCACCUUUUUUUUUUCAUGAAGCAAAAAGUCCCCCAUCUUCACCCCCUUCUUCCUUUCACCCACCCCCCGCUUCUGAGUCCAGGCCUGGGGAGUGAGAGGUCCCGGUGAACGCCCACACAUCCUGGCCUUCCUGUGGCCACGGACGUCCCCCUCAGGAGUGCUGGGCGGCAGUCCAGGGCCUCCUUUCUGAGAGGCCUGUGAGGCUGGCUCCUACCUCCACGGGCUGAGAGAGACACCCUGCCUGAUGGGCCUGGCACCCUGAGUCAGACUGAGGGCAUCGCAAUUUGGGGGCCCACGUGUGAAGUCCCAAGCUUUUCCUGCCUACCAAGGGGCCUUCGAGACUGCUGUAGGAACAAAUGCGGAGCCAGGGAAUCUGUGUGUUUGCCCCAGCACUGCACUAACGGAAAACAGAGGCCCAGAGAGGGAAAGUGACCGGCCUGAGUGAGGCCUCCCUGCGCUCCCACAGCUGGGGUAGGCCAGGCUUCCUGGCCCCCGCCUCGGCCCCGGCGCAGAGCUCCGGAAGGAGGUCCGUCCUGUUAGCUGCCUGCCCGGGGCUCAGCCCUGCCUGCCGCAGACACGAAGCACAUCACCAUCUGAGCCCUGGGGUGAUGACUCGAGUUCCACCAAGUGCCCGUCAGCCGUUGCCCAGUCUGCGAGGACAACAGGCCCCGGGCCCCCACACUGUACCUGGCAACUUGGCUGGUCACAGAGCCUUGGUUUUCCUGUCUUUGAGGCGGCUUUGUGUAUGUUAAGGGUUUUACACGCACUGUCUUAAUGGAUGUUCACAAUUCUGUGAGGUGGGUUUGUCAUCUUCAGCUGACAGACGGAGAAACAGAUUCAGAGAGGCUGAGUAGUCUGUCAGUGUCACACAGCGGGGAAAGGGCAAACCAGGACUCAGCCCAGGUCCUGUGACUGCCACGUCCUCUGGUUGUCUGGGAGAUAGUACUCCCCAGUCCUCUCCCUCCCGGGCUGCGGAGGGCUCGGCAGACACGCUCAGAAGACUCGGGAAGGGCUCUGGCGCGUGAUGGAGGGGUGGGCCCCCAGCGCUGUCCUGUGGCCUCAUCCGCUGGAUGGCCUUGAAAGCACUGAUCCACUUAGAACGUCCCCAGAGGCCCCCAGGGUCCAGGCCCGGAACUCAGCCCCCCCUCCCUAGCCUCAGUCCGUGGGCCAGGCCUUCCUCCUCAUGGGGGCUGAGGCAGGGGCUCCUCUUUUCUCCCCGAGGCUGGAAUGGGGGGAACCUCUGGGGGACUGAGGAAAGAGCUGGCCUGUUUUUGCGGGGCCUCCUAGCUGGGCGAGUCCUGGGUAUCUUCCAGCUUUGCCUCUCCGAGGGCCUCGUUAGGAAAGGAGCUCCAGAGCUUCUCUGUGAAGAUACCGAAAUGCUAAAUGGCAAGGCUAGAAGGGCCCGUGAGUCUGACCCAAUACAACGUCCUUGUCAGACACCGGGGAAACUGAGGCCCAGCGAGUGUAAGGAGCCCAUGUAGGGCUCUCUACUGCCCCAGGUUGUGCAAGGGUAGACUUGGUCCCAGCUGACCACAGGGACAGGUUGGAAGAUGGGUCUUCAGGACAACCAGCCCAAGUGGGGGGUGGGGCGCCUAGGGAGGAGACCCCCCCCCCCCCCCCCCCCCCCCGGGAGUGAGGAACUCUUCUUCGCCAGGGCCGGGCACUGCUCCUGACCCCUCACAGACGGGAUUUCUGUGACAGCUCUUUGGGACGCUGCAGUCAUCCGCUCUGCCUUCGACCUCAGACUGGCAUCCUUCCUCUGGUCUGUCAGCCCCACACGAAGACGGGAACGUUGACGCCCCUCCCCCACCACGGCCAGAAGCCAUUCCCAAGUCUGGUGUCUGUAACCAGGAGGUCGCCCGACGGCGCGCUGCUCCCUCCACGCCCGCCUCUCCCCGCCCCCCGCCCCCAGCCCCCCGCCCCCAGCCCCCCGCCCCCAGCCCCCACUAGCCAAUCCCAGACGGGCCUGCCUUCCACCCCCGGAGCGGUGACCGACUGGCCCCUAGCGGCGAGAGCGGGAACUGCGCCUCCCGGCCCGUGCAUGUCCGGCCAUUUGUUCGCUCUCACAGCGAGAGAACCUCCGAUGCAUGGACUCUGGCUGUCGACGCAGACGCUCGCGCACUGCUUACCACCGUUUUGCUACCAUGUGGCGGCUGCACAACACGUCCUUAACCUGCAGCCCCACACUCGAUUUUUGUACUUUCGUCUGACCUACUCGAGGAUGUCCUUUUUAAGUCUUAUUUGUUAAUAUUUAUAAUGACCUAUAAUUCAAAGUAAAUGAAAACGUUCACUGCAA